UUAAAUUUACAGGCAUCGGACCAGUUUAUGAUACCUUACAUCUACUGGCGUCAGUUUUCCCAUGUGUUUCACAUUAGAGACCUAGGACGCGUCUAAAUAUCAGUGUUGUUCAUUUUGUAAACGUUGAAUAAUGGUGGUUAUGGAGGAAAGCCUGAGAACAAUGACCAGGGUUUUCAGGAGAGAAUGUCACAGGGUGUUAGACUCGGAGAGGACCACCAUCCAAGGGGCUGAUGGGAUGCUGAUGAUCCUACAACUUGCUAUGGCUGGGGUCAACAAGCAGGAACAUGGGGACUUUGGUGUUGUUUUGAGUGAAGUCUUGGCUGCCUGGAAAUACUUCCUUCUGGAUAAACUCCAGCUAUCCCACAACGAUAUCCCUCUUCCGCAAAACUAUGACCUCAUCCGAAAAGAGUAUGACUGCUUUUUGAAACGCACCAAUACUGUGGACUUGAUUGACGUCUUCAUUAUGUUCAAGGAGAUUCAGAUAAAUGAGGACCCUGAGGAGCCCCUAACCGCGAUGCAACUGUUUCAGUUUCUCAUGGGUGAGAAGGAGAGUUUAGAGAAAAUGGAUCCUCUUCCUUUGUGUCCCGCAACUCCAUCUAACAAGGCAAUCUGUAGUCCACAGAUACAGAGAGUUGUCAGGAGAGUUUUCUGUUCUUAUUUGGGCCUUUUGGUGAACUCUAAGAACGACCUGGCCCUCGCAUACACCCUGGACAACCCAAAUCGCUCUCUGGGUCACAGCGCCUUUACUGACCUUAGACAUGCUGCCUGCGACAGUGCCUCGUCUCUCUUCCUGACAGUAACAUCAUUUGUCAGGGCCAUACAGUUGGGAGGAAAGGGGUACGCCCCACCUGAGUCUCACCCCUUAAGGAAGCACAUAAAGGGUUUAUCUGAGUUUCUCAAUUUUGUCGACCAGUGUCAAGAAGUUCUGGGAGACUCCCCUAAUCCCAGAGAAGCUGGAUCCAAGCUGGUGUCUAGUAUUAGAGCUGCUCUGGUCAAAGGCCGCAGUAAUGGAGACCCAGUGUACCUUGCAGCAGAGGAUACAGCCAAAAGUCUCAAGGAAAGAAUGGGUCAAAUACACACCAUGCAGACGCAUUCAGUGGUUGGCAUGGGAAUCAGUCCAGCAAGGCCCAAAGCGUAUGCUAUUAACCACUCCACUGCCUAUGGGGGACGAGAGACUGUUAAGGUUCUAAUGACUCUUUUGGAUGAAGAAGCACUAGCACUGCCCUGCAGGAACAAGGCAGAAUUGCUUUCUGAAGAUCAUGCAGUUCUUAAUGGCACCUCUGGAGCUUGUCUUCUUACCCUUUACAAAUCUCCAGAUGCUCCCACGGGAUCUUCUCCAAAGCCUUUACGGAACCGCAUCUUGAGCCAACAAGAACACGUCAAGUCCAAGGUUGUGCGGUCAACCAUCCGCUCUCAGUUUGCAUGCACAUACAAGGAUGAUGAGCUGCCCCUCAACCGGGUGUUGGAGUUUCCCAGCACCAGCCAACUUCCCACCUGUAUGCACCCUGCACCCAAAAAACCUGUCCCUUUACCAGUGACUGUGGAGGAAGAGCAUGACCCAACUGGGAUGGACAUCAGUCUCAAAGGUAAUGCCUCUGCCACAUUUAAAGACGCUAUGCAAAAUUUGUUUUGUCACUCUUAG